AUGGAUAACAACAAGCGUCCAUUUUAUGCAGUAAAACGGCAAAAAGGAACUACGUCCUCUACUUCAUCCUUGUUUAUCCACAAUGACGACACUGACAAAAACAAUCAUAUAUACCAACGACAUCAUACGACUACAUUAUCAAAGCGAGGCAUCUUUGUUUUGACCUGUUUAAUUGUGAUCACAAGUCUGUUUCUCAUCGGACGAUAUAUCAAUGCUUCUCCAAGUCACCUAUCUUAUAGUGAUACGUCAACAUCAACUUCAGCAGCCACACGUCAACAAUUAUUAGAUCAACCUUCUUAUACUACUCCAAUCCAGUGUCGCGUCCAAUUAUGCAAUCCUUCUCAACGUUGUUCUACCUGGUAUCCUGCUUUUGAUCGUAUCCAUCGUAAUAACGAUACAACGACUGAUAUUAAUGCUCCUGUUUCAUAUGACUGGUCUGAUUUAGUUCAACAAGGGGUGUAUCGUGAUUUAGCGACUAUCAAAGCUGAUUCAGGUUGUGUAGUGUCCUUACAAGUGGAAGACGAAACAGCUGGUUUAGCACACAACAAAAGUCACUGGAUUCCUAUUCCUUCAGGUGAAGAAGUGGAUUGUUUAGAACAAAAGCAAUGUCGGAAUGUCAUAGCAAUGACAAUAAACGAUGACCUUACUGCUCUUCUAUCUCAACUUGAAGCAAUAAUGCUGGAUGAACCGAAUCAAAUGGAUGAAGAAAAAAUAGUGACUCGAAUGGUCAAUAGUACUUCAGAAUCAUUAAUAACUUUGGUAUCUCAAUUCUCUGUGAAUCGGUUGGAUGUAUUUUCCAAUGUUAUCGAAGCUUGGUCUGGUCCCAUCUCGGUAGCCAUUUAUUUGACCGAACGAAACGAUAUUCAUAUACUGAAGGACUUUUUCAUUAAUCCAAUGAAUGCUGAACUCUACGGUCGUGUUAGUAUUACGGUGGUGAAACCUUCCUACAACAAUGAUGAACGAUUACGAUACCCGAUUAACCAUUUGAGAAACCUUGCGAUUAUGGCAUCAUCUACACCCUAUGUAUUUGUGAUGGACGCUGAUUUCAUUCCUUCUACUACCUUAUAUACAACAGCACAAACACUUUUGACGAAAACGAUUAACUCAUCAUCAUCAUCAUCAUCAUCGUCAGCAAUAGCAACCAAUAGAAGAGCAAUCGUUAUACCAUGUUUUGCAAUUCAUGAAGAAUAUAGUAGAUUACCUUUACCUACGACGAUGACGGAAGUGGCUUCUUUGGUAGAUCAAGGUAUAGCUUAUAUUACUGAUCCAGGUGCUGGACAUGGACCUACUUUGGGAAAGGAAAUGGCAUUAUCAUUAUCAAAAGGAUCGUCUGCUGAUCUCUAUGAAGUAUGUUAUGAAUCUCAAUGGGAACCUUAUUACAUUAUUCCUCGGGAUGCUCCUUUAUAUGAUGUACGAUUCAAGAAUCAGGGUGGCGACAAACAAUCUCAUGCAUUACAGCUGAAUGCGGAACGAUAUCGUUUUCUAGUUUUACAACGCGAAUUCAUGAUUCACAAAGAUCAUGCGAAAAUGGUUUGGCCUGGUGGUGGAUUCCCUAAAGCUCAAAAGGAUCGACAGUUAUGGAAUUACUUUGGUGGAUUUAUGCGGGAAAUGGAAAUGUUAUAUGGAUACAAUGUACGAUGGCCUCAUGGAUGCAGUGCUCUUGCUAUUGGCUGGCAAGAACAACGACGGAAUACAUUAGGAAUGGCUUUAGGUGCUGUUUAGAUUAUACCUUUUUUUUUUUUUUCAUCGUCUUUUCCCCUUAGAAUAUUUUGACACAUUAUCCUCCUUUCUCUUUUUUUACUAUUAUGAUAAUCUCUAUUCCAUUUUACAAUCAAUAAAAGAAGCUU